AUGCAUAAAGUUGUGGCGGGACUCGAAAUUCCGUACGUGGCCAUGCAGAACAGCGAGAACCUGAGUUAUGAUGAUGUGUGCACUGACGUGGCGCGCGAACUGUGUGAGUGUGUUGGGGAGGCGGAGUUAUCCGGGCUGCCAGCCUGGAGGAUGAUUGUGGACCCUGGGAUUGGGUUCUCGAAAAAUACGGAGCAGAAUUUGGAUAUAAUUAAUGGGUUGAAGGAUAUGAGGGGUGAGAUUGGGAAGAGGAGGUUGGCCCUGUCACGUGUGCCGUUGUUGGUAGGGGUUUCUAGGAAGAGGUUUUUGGGUGAGAUUUGCGGCCAGCCAAACCGGCACAACGGGAUGCUGCCACUGUGGCUUGUGUGGCGGCUGGGGUUUUUGGGGGUGCGAAUAUUGUGUGAGGGAUUGUAG